AUGGACAUCGGUCCAACGAUGCUCACGAGGUCCCGCCCGCGGGCGCCGGCGGGCCUGGGCCAGCUGAGCUGGGCGCAGGCCUUGCCCGCAGUACCCUACGCGGCGGAGGCGCACUGCUGCAACCAGGCCGAGCGCGAGUCCAGGAGGAGGGCGCUCUCCGGCAGCCCGGAAGCGUGUUCGAGCGGGGCCGGCGGGCCAGCGCAGAGCGGGGCAGGCGGUCCCAGGAGAGGCGCACAGGUCGGCGGCGGGGAGGCACGCGCCGCAGGGGCGCCGCACGGUGGCAUCCCGGGGCGGCUCGGCGGCCCGCGCCCCCCGGCCUGCCGGCAGGCGGACUACAACGCGGAAGCGCAGGCGCUGAAAGCGAUGGCGGGGCCGACGAGAUCGGGCGCGGACUCGAUGGGCCCCUCUUAG